UUUUCGCGCAAUGUUGAGCCAGCUGGAGUUGUCUCGGUCGUCCCAGUUUUUAGCAUGCGCGUGCCGCCACCCGAGCUGCUCAACCCGUGCGUCGGCGAGCCGCUCGUCGCCGAUGGCAGCGGGCUCUGGCUGCCAUGUCCCGACAUGACGCACUCGCGCGAAAGCAUUGACCUCUUCCGCGCUGCCGACAGCGUCCUCGUGCCGCCGAGUCUGGAGGCGUCGAUGCCCGAGUUCCUUAGUCUCUCGCAGGCCCGCACCAACCAAGCGGACCCCGUCACGCUAAAAGCGACCGUCGCUCUCGAGGCGGACCACGAGAUGCGCGGCAACGACGAAUACGAUGACGAUGGGAGUGCACUCUCGGGCUGGGUCUGGAAGCAAGGCCACUCGCACAAGGCGUACCAGCGGCGAUUCUUUGUGCUUCAGAACGGCGACCUCUCGUACUACAACGCGCCAGUGGGCCGGCACGGCUUGUACGACCAGAGCAAGGGGUACCGCGGGUCGGUACCGCUCUCGGCCGUCACCUCGCUCCAGCCCGCGAGUAUGCGCCUGGCGUCCGGGCCUAUCAACCGCGGUCUUCGGUCGCUCUUUGUUAAGCAGCCGCCGCCAGACGUAGAAAUGCGCUUUGGUAUCGACCUUGUGACGCCGGCUCGGACGUUUAGCCUCGUAUUGGACGACGCGAGCGCGCACGCCAAGUGGACGCGCGAGCUGGCGGCAUCGGUGCCCACGGCAGCUGUGCACCCGGCCUUGCGCGGUGGUGAGACGAAGGAGGUCGCGACGCUUCGCCGGCGGUCGACCGCGACGCUGCCAACCAUCGAGUUCCCGUCCGACGCGCUGGUCGGCGACGUGCUGACGCUCACGCGGGCCAAGCUCGGGGCCGUGCCCGGCAAUAAAGCGAACGAUGACGAGACACGCGAGGACGAUGACGUGAUGCACCACUUUGCACUUCGCUUUGGCGGACACCUCGCGUUUGCUCGGACGUCGACCCACCAGAUGCACGACUUUGCGCAUAUCGCUGCGCUCGUGGCGACGGGCCGGCGCAGCCUGUACCUCAUCCUUGUGCCAAUGCCGCCAAAGGCAAUGUCGACGCAGAGAACAAACCCACGUCCGCUGGCGAUGGCCCGGCCCGCGCGCAGCCUCGAUGCAGCCAUGUCUUUUCCAUUGGCCAUGCCGUCGCUCGUUGAGAGCUGGCGCGUGAGCCAGUCGGUGCGCGUCUCGGUGCACGAAGCGCUCAACAUUCCACUGGUCGCGUUGGCGAAGCAGCCAUCGCACCUCGGGCUCGAGGCCGCGCCGCUGACGUAUUCGCACGUGGUCGUGCGUGUCGAGCUCUGGUUUGGCGAGACGCUCCUCGAACCGUGGCAAGAAACGUCGCCCGUGAAGCUGCAAGCCAGUCCGGCCUCGUGGACCGCGGUUUGGCCCAAUGCGAAGACGCUGAAGUCGAAGCGCAAGAUCAACGAGCUCCCCCGCGAGACGCGGCUCGUCUGUACGCUCUCUGGUGUCAAGAAGGACGCCAACGGACGCGCCACGUGCCUCGGGGACGACAGCGACCGCGAGCAAAUUGUUGCCGCUUCCAUGCAGCUGUUCGACUUGCACGGCCAGCUGCGGCAAGGACCGCAGUACGUCGCGAUGGUCGCCCACAGCCACGUGCUCUCCCCGCAAUGCUUGGAUGCGUCUCAGCCCUUGCUGCAUAUGAGCUUUGGCGUCGCGGACCACCGGUGUUACUUUGAGCUCAUGCAAAAAUCGAUCUUCCUCAAGCAGCAGCACGGACGCACGUCGUCGACAACCCUCGAGCCGCGCUGCGGGUGGCUACGCAAGCUCGGGCGCGGCGUCGGCCGGCGCAUCUGGGCUGAGCGAUGGUUUGUGCUCGAAAGCGGCCAGCUGCGCUACGCCGAGGACCCGGCGUUCCCGCCUGCGCACAGCAUCGACGUCUCGUCGGCGUCAGUGACGCUCAUGGACGAGCUGAAUGAGUCGUACACGACGUUUGCCGUCAACAAGGGCACGCGCAAGGAGCAGUCGACGUUUUGCUUUCAAGUGCUCGCGCAAGGACACGCGCUGGUGCUCUCGGCACCGACCAAAGCCGAUCGCACGGCCUGGCUGACGGCGAUUUCAGCCGCCAACACGGACGCAGAGCCGUCCUCGCUCUUGUACAUUACGAGUCCGUCGGGCGGCGCCGAGAGUCCGCGCAGCAGCAAUGCGAGCAGCGUCGGAGGUGACGUCCUCGACGACGUCGUCGCGUUGCUGACGCGCGAUCCGCUCGCCAAGCUCUCGUCCAGCCAGAAAGCGCUUCUGUGGUCGAACCGCAAUGAGUUUUUGAACCAUUUCGAUAUGCUGCGCCACGUGCUCUGGAGCGCCGACUGGACAAGCCCCGUCGACGUCGACGAAGCCGCCACUUGCCUUCAGAUCUGGGCCGCGCCGGCGCACGCAGCGCAGUGGCUCUGCUUGCUAACGCCGGCGUUUCCAAUGGCGCUGGUCCGCGACUUUGCGCUGAGUCAGCUGACUUUGAUGCCACCGGAAGAGUGGGUGCGCCUCCUCCCCCAGCUCGUGCAGGCCAUCAAGUGCGAGCCGUACUUGGCGUCCGGGCUCGCGCUGCACGUGCUGUCACAGGCGUGGACGCACCCCGGGCACGCCGGUGUCGCCCUCUUUUGGCUUUUGAAGGUUGAAAUCGAGUCGCCGCAUCCUGGCUACCGCGAACGCUACACCGCGCUCCUCAACGCCUACAUGGCCGGCGUCGCACCACCCAUCCGCGACAAGUGCCGCAUGCAGCACCACCUCUUUGGCACCAACGGCGUCUUUGACAACCUGAGCCAGUACGUCAAGAAGCUCAAGAAGAAGAGCGUGUCCAUGGUCGACAUCAAGCAAGCGAUGCAAGCGAUGCUCGACGAGAUCAACGAGACGCUAUCAAGCACGUUAACGCUGCCGCUCGAUGCCUCGGUGAUCGUUGGCAAGCUCAUCGUGUCCAAGUUCAAGGUCAUGUCGUCGGCCAAGCUCCCUCUCUGGCUUGUAUUUGAAAAUGCCGAGGUUGGCGGCGACCCGAUCACCGUCAUCUUCAAGUCGGGCGACGACGUGCGUCAGGACAGUUUGACACUGCAGCUGAUCCGCGUCAUGGACGAGCUCUGGCGCGAGCGCGGCUUGGAUUUGGCCAUGGAGCCGUACCAAUGCGUGGCGACCGGCCAGCGCGUCGGCAUGCUGCAGGUCGUCUUGGAGGCCGAGACGACCGCGACGAUCCAUCAGCGCAACGGAACGCUCGGUGCAUUCGACAACGCGAGCUUCUCGUCGUGGCUACGCCUGCACCACCCGACGCCCGACGCCUAUGCGCUGGCGGUCGACCUCUUUCGCCGGUCGUGCGCCGGCUACUGCGUCGCGACGUGUGUCCUCGGGAUCGGCGACCGGCACAACGACAACAUCAUGCUCACGCACGCGGGUCGGUACUUUCACAUUGACUUUGGUCAUUUUCUCGGGCACUUCAAGUACCAGUUUGGCAUCAAGCGUGAGAAGACGCCGUUUGUGUUUACGCCCGAGAUGGGGCACGUGCUCGGCGGCGUCGGGUCGGAUGCGUUUUCGCCGUUUGUGCAGACGUGCGGUGACGCGUUCAACGUGGUCCGAGAGCACGUGUCACUGCUAUCGACGCUGCUCGUGCUCAUGCUUCCGGCCGGCAUGCCCGAGCUUCGGGACGUGAGCGAUUUGGAUCACCUGGUUGAAAUUGCCUUGCUGGGCGUCGACGAUGCGACGGCCGCCGCCAACUUUGAGACCGCGGUGCACUUUUGCAUGGGCAGCACGUUCAAGCGCGUCGACAACACCAUCCACAUCAUCGCCCACAAGUACCUGUAAGUCUAGAGUCAGUCGUGUAUGAUAGAAAAAUCAGAUGGUUUAUAACUCUA